AUGAAAAGCUGCAUUGAUGAGAUCACAGAACACCAUAAUAACCUUACUGACCAACAUGAGGCCUUUCUAAAGGAGUUCAAGUCAUUAAAGGUCAAACCCACAGACCUAGAAGAAAGGUCGCAUAGAAAUGUCAAAAUGAUGGACAUCUCUGAAGAAAUUAAACAACAGGCCUACAUCCAAGCCUUCCUCAGAGCCCUACCACCAGAAGGCUCCAACAAACCUGUAAUACUGGACAGGGCACACCACCUACUCCGUUCCCCUAAAUAA